CUUGCAUGGAAAUCAAAGCUAGGGCAGAAAUGCGAUUGGCAUUCCGCUGUUUCGAUGUUAGUUCUAGUAAUCACUGUAAAUGAGGGUCUUCCUGCCUGAGAAAAAAAAAAUGGUAGGAAGAAGUAUAAGUUGAUCUUUUUCUGCUGUUCUAUCAAUCGCUACUUUCAAACCACAUCUUAAUACCAGUCGGCUUUUCAUUCCAAUCAUGUUGGGUCAACUUGCUACUCUCGCUCUUGUUUCUACGGCUUUUGCUGUUCCUAACGCUCUUCCCAAGUCGACACCUCGUUAUGACUACAUCAUUGUUGGCGGCGGUACCAGUGGCCUUGUUAUCGCUAAUCGACUCAGCGAAGAUCCGACUGUCUCAGUCGCUGUGAUUGAGGCUGGUGAUCAAGUGUUCAACAACACGAAUGUCACCAGUGCCUCGGGAUAUGGCAGGGCCUUUGGAACAGAAAUUGACUGGGCAUAUGAGAGUGAAGCUCAAGUAUAUGCCGGCAACAAGACCCAGAUCCUGAGAGCUGGAAAAGCGCUUGGAGGCACAAGUACCAUCAAUGGCAUGACCUACAUGAGAGCUGAAAGCAGUCAAAUCGAUAGCUGGAAGAAGGUUGGCAACAACAUCACUUGGGACUCCCUGCUCCCAUACUACAAGAAGAGCGAAUACUUCGAGUACCCCACCGAGGCUCAGGUCUUAAUGGGUGCAUCAUACUUGCCUGAGUUCCAUGGUACCGAAGGUCCUUUGGCCGUCAGCUGGCCCACCGAGAUGGUCGGUGCCAACUUCUCAUCUACCCUCAACGCAACAUUCAAGGCCAUGGAUCUCCCUUGGAACGGAGAAGCAAACAGCGGAUAUAUGCGUGGAUACAACGUCUUUCCCAAGACAUUCGACCGUUCGCUGGACCUUCGCGAGGAUGCUGCUCGUGCUUAUUACUAUCCUUUCACCACGAGACCAAACCUCGAUGUCUACCUCAACUCUUUCGCUCAACGUCUGACUUGGUCCAACGACAAUUCCUCCGUUGCAUUCGCUAACGGUGUGGUCUUUACCGACAAGUCUGGCGCUGAACAAAGCCUGUUGGCCACCAAGGAAGUCGUUCUUUCUGCCGGAUCUCUGAGAUCGCCGCUUUUGCUUGAGCUUUCUGGUGUUGGCAACCCUGCUGUUCUCGAGAACCUUGGCAUCGAGGUCAAGGUCGACUCUCCUUUCGUCGGCGAGAAUCUUCAGGAUCAGACGACCGUCGACACGGACUACAACGCUUCGCAGAAUUUCACCGGUGCUGGCGGGUUCAUCGGAUACUUCAACGCUACCGACGUCUGGGGCAAUGGCACCGCAGCCUUCAGCAAAUCCAUCAAGGCAUCCCUCGAGCAAUACGCCAACAAGACCGUCCAGGCGACCGGUGAUAUCACUGACCGCGAGACUCUUCUGAAGCUGUUCAAGAUCCAGCAUGAGCUCAUCUUCGAAGAUGAGGUUGUCAUCUCGGAGAUUAUUGUAAACGCACCUUCUGCCAGCGCUGGAUUGAUCGAGUACUGGGGACUGAUGCCAUUCUCUCGCGGCAACAUACACAUCAAAUCAGCAAAUACCUCUGUCCCUGCUGCUAUCAACCCCAACUACUUCAUGCUCGACUAUGACAUGAAGCAGCAAAUUGCCACUGCCAGAACUGCCAGAAAGGUUGCCUCCACUGCUCCCUUGAGCAACAUUCUCACUGGCGAGACCCUUCCUGGUUUGGACGUUGUGCCUCAAAAUGCUUCUGAUGCAGUCUGGGGCGACUGGUUGAAGUCAGUCUACCGCUCCAAUUACCACUACAUCUCGACUGCUGCCAUGAUGUCAAAGGAGCUUGGUGGCGUUGUUGACGACAAGCAUCUUGUCUACGGUACCGCCAACGUUCGCGUCGUUGAUGCCUCUGUACUUCCCUUCCAGGUCUCCGGCCAUUUGACCAGCACUCUGUAUGCUCUUGCCGAGAGAGCUGCUGAUAUGAUCAAGGCCAGCCAUGCCUAAGUUUGACCGGAGCAAGAAAUAAGGAUCUUCUCGUAUUAGCACUAAAGGCUUCAGGAACACACGAGUCCUUGUUGCCCCUUCUUGUUGAAAUGUUUGUAUAGCUUUAGCGAUUCACCUCGAAAUGCAC